AUGUACCAGAGCUUGGCGCUGGCCCCGAGCCCCGGCCAGGCCGCCUACGCCGACUCGGGCGCCUUCCUGCACGCGGCUGCCGCGGGCUCCCCGAUGUUCGUGCCGCCGGCGCGCGUGCCCCCCAUGCUGCCCUACCUGCCGGCGUGCGAGCCGGGCCCGCAGACCCCCGCGCUCGCCACGCACCCGAGCUGGGCGCAGGCGGCCGCCGCGGACUCGGCCUUCGGCGCUGGCAGCCCGCACCCGCCCGCGGCACAGCCGCCUGGGGCCACCGCCUUCCCCUUCGCGCACAGCCCCCCGGGGCCUGGCAGCGGUGGCAGCGCGGGAGGCCGGGACGGCGGCACCUACCAGGGCGCGCUGCUGGCUCGCGAGCAGUACCCGGCCCCGCUCGGGCGGCCCGUGGGCGCCUCGUACCCCACCGCCUACCCCGCCUACGUGAGUCCCGACGUGGCCCCGUCCUGGACCGCCGGACCCUUCGAUGGCAGCGUCCUGCACGGUCUACAGGGCCGCCCGAACGGCCUCCCAGGUCGCCGGGCCACCUUCGUGUCCGACUUCUUGGAGGAGUUCCCCGGAGAGGGUCGCGAGUGCGUCAACUGCGGGGCUCUGUCCACACCACUGUGGCGUCGUGAUGGCACCGGCCACUAUCUGUGCAACGCCUGCGGCCUCUACCACAAGAUGAAUGGCGUCAACCGGCCACUCGUGCGGCCCCAGAAGCGCCUGUCCUCAUCCCGCCGUGCCGGGCUGUGCUGCACCAACUGCCACACGACCAACACCACACUCUGGCGGCGGAACGCGGAGGGCGAGCCGGUGUGCAACGCCUGCGGCCUCUACAUGAAGCUGCACGGGGUGCCGCGGCCUCUGGCAAUGAAGAAGGAAAGUAUCCAGACACGGAAACGAAAGCCUAAGAAUGUCACCAAGACCAAGGGCUCCUCAGGAUCCACAGCAAAUGCCACAGCCUCCCCCUCUGCUGUCUCCAACACCGAGAGCUCAGCAGUCACUUUGAAACCUGAGCCCAGUCUGGCGUCCCCAACAUGCCCUGGGCCCAGCGUCACCUCCCAGGCUCCCAGCCAGGUAGAUGACCCCCUGGCCCCCAGCCACUUGGAGUUCAAGUUCGAGCCCGAGGAGUUUGCCUUACCCUCCACGGCCCUAGGCCCCCAGGCUGGCCUCAGUGGGGCCCUGCGCCAGGAGGCCUGGUGCGCACUGGCCUUGGCCUAA